AUGAAGCAGAGCGUCGAAUUCAUCAAGACUCCGCUUGAAAAAUUGUCGCCCGGCUCUAAGGGCGGUCAAACGGCUGGUCGAGUCGACUCCAACUCGGCCCAGGCUGUGACCCCGCUCGAUUUGCUGUUACUGCAGUCUCGCCGCGCACUGAACAGCAACUCCAAAGUGGAUGCUGAAACUCUGCGUACCAUCUUGGAAACCCAAACCAAGGCUCAGCAGCAAAUGUUUACUGAGCUGAUGAAGCGUAUGGAAAAGAUGGCCUCCGCUUCACACCCAGCCGUUCUAGCAGCACCCGUCGCCACGGCCGAAUUCGACACAAAUUCUCUAUCGACACGCUUGCCUGAGUUCGUGUACGAUCCGAAAAAUGGUUGUACAUUCGAGGUCUGGUACAACCGCUACGAGGAUUUAAUCUCAAAAGACGGUGCUACGUUGGACGAUGCAGCAAAAGCACGACUAAUCGUCUCCAAACUCGACGUUGUCACAUAUGCCCGUUUCACGAACCACAUUCUCCCUAAAAGAGCAUGCGAUGUUCCCUUAACGGACACCGUGGCUGUUCUGAAGGAAUUGUUCGGACAUAAUAUGUCAGUAUUCGCGAAACGCUACGCUUACCUCAAAACACAGCGAAGUGAGGAAAGUCUCCGCGACUACACCGGAUUGGUCAAUUUGUGCUAUGCCAUGGCUGAGUUCAAUGACGUCACACUUGAACAGAUGAAAUGCCUCGUAUGGAUAUGUGGACUUGUCGAUGCGCAAGAUACCGAUGUUCGUGCUCGUGGACCUUCGCAAAAUGGAGGACAACCCUUAAACCACGUUAAAGGAGCUUGCUGCCGAAGUCCAGCACUUUCUCGACAUUCGUCAGGAUGCCACACUCCUCGAACGAUCAAGUGUACCGCAUGUCAACGUCGUGGAUUCGCAAAAGAGUCGAAAUCAGCCACGACUGCAGACGCUCUGGACACAAGCGAGGAUUCUGCAAAAAAUUUCCCGGAGAAGAAGAAGCGGAAAUCUGCCAACACCGUCACUAUCGCUUCGACUCAUGCUGACUUCGCUGUAAACAGCAUCUACCGUAGAGUACAGAUUGAUGGGAAGACAGUACGCAUGUUGCUGAGCACUGCAGACUGGACCGCCAUGGGUCGACUGAAGCUGCAUCCAGUCACCCCGUCUGACACUGAAGUCUGCCAACAACGAACCGAUCAACGUUCGUGGAUGCUACGAAUACAACUUCAUCAUUGA